AUGUCUGUAGUCACCUCUCUGAAAUUCCUUCUGAUCUGGACACUGAUACUGUUGGCAGAUUUCAUCCUUGAGCUCCGGUUUGAAUAUUUAUGGCCAGGUUGGCUAUUUGUCAAAGGGGUGUAUGAUUCCUCUCGAUAUCAGGGUCUUACUAUUUCCAUACUCUUUGUAUGUGCAGCGUUUACCUCAGACGUGUUCUGCUUUAUCUUCAUACCACUGCACUGGCUUUUCUUCAUUGCUAGUAUAUACGUAUGGAUUCAGUACCUCUGGAACUCAGAGCGAGGUGUUUGUUUGUCUACUUUGUCGCUUUGGAUACUUUUUGUUUACAUAGAAACAACAUUCAGAUUUAAGGAUUUGAGAAAUUUCAAUGCUGAUCUGUGUCGGCCAUUUGCAGCCCAUUGCAUAGGAUAUCCAAUGGCAUCUUUAGGUUUUGAAUUUAAAAGUUAUAUUCACCACAAAAUUAAAUUAAGGAAACAAAAAGAAGUUCAAAAGCAGAACGAGUUUUACAUGCAACUGCUUCAGCAGGCCCUACCCUCAACAGAACUACAAGCGGGACCAGACCAGGCACUGGAUAAAGCGUUUAAAGGGCUUUCAUUGUGGUCUCAGUACCAGCACGAAAAUAGAGCCAUUGUAAUCGGGAAGAAGUACAGUUUGGUCCUACCGGAACUGGAGUUUAAAGAAAAAGGUAAAGAGAAGGAGGUCGUAAAGCAGACUCUUGGAGCUGGAAAUUGUUUACAAGCACCCGAUUCUAGAUUCAGUGAAACGGAAUGUGUGGAAAAUCACUUUAUCAAAACCGUGGAGUAUGAGCCUUUCGAAAGUACUGAAAACCUAUCCCAUGAUGACCUGUGUGCUGAAAGCUCAAGAGUCUGCAAGCACAAAUCACCAAAGGCUCAUGGUGCUUCGAACGGCAAUGUGAUUUUCACCAAGGUGGAGAAGAGGCAGAAGUGUUCGAGCAAAAGCACCAGCACGCGCAAAGGGAUCUUCGAGAACGGCUCUUUGAAUCAUCAGAACAGCAAACCAGAGGCUGUUGUGCUACGACUGGAAAAUGAUAUAAAAAAACUGAAGGCAGACCUACAAGCCUCCAGGCAAAAUGAGCAGGAACUCCGCAAUCAGGUUAACAUACUGACCAACAGCAAACAAAAAGUACGGUCUGAGCUUGUUCAACUUCGACAAGAAAAUGAGAUUCUACAGACCAGAAUGCACUGUGCUUUUCAAGCCAAACAGAAGGACAAGCAGAACAUUGCCUAUCUAGAGAAGAGGCUUCGCUCAGAGCUGGAGAGUCGAGCUCUGCUGGAGAAACAGCUGAUGGAUGCAAAAAGGAGAAAGACAGAUGAAGCUUCAGUUCUCACGCGGGCUGUUACACUCACUGCGUCCAUCAGGGGAGACUGCACAGACACCCUGAAGAACAGGGUGAAGGAAAUGGAUGCAGAAUACAAACAACUGCAAACAGAACUCAGAAUGAAAGACGAACACCUGAGGAAGGUAGAGCAGGAGGUGCAGGAACUUUGCAAGUAUAAAGAAACUGAACAGGAGACUGAAAUGCUAAUGGCAGCUCUUACAGCCAUGCAGGACAAAACUCAGCACUUAGAAACCAAUCUCAGUGCAGAGACCAGGAUCAAACUGGACCUUUUCUCUGCUCUUGGAGAUGCCAGGAGACAACUAGAGAUUGCACAAGGACAUAUAAUCCAACAAGAUCAGGAAAUUGAAGAGCUCAAACAGAAAGUUGCAGAAGUGAUGGCAGUUAUGCCGGGGAUCACUUACAGCGUGGCCAAUACACUCAGUCCUGCAACUUCACACUAUUCCUCUAAGUUUGUGGAAACUGGGAAUUCUGUACUUGAUACUAAUACUUCAAUGUACCAGCCUCUGAAGAAAUAAGUGCACUAUCCUCCCUUAUUAACCGUUAAUUAUUAUGACCUUUUACGCAUGUUUCGUGCUGGAGGAGGUGAAUCUUUUUUUCUAUUCAGAAGUACUGAUUUAUCUUUUGAUUGGAUUUGAGGGGUCUUUAGGUUAUGAUUAUAUGGAAUUAAGGUGCUUCGUAUCGUAUAAUUGGCUAGGUUCUUCAGAGAACUUGGACAUCUGGAAGCAUUUGGCCAUUGUUAUGUCCUUCAGUCAAUCCAAAACUUUAUAAAUUCUGCCUGAAGACCUUCAUGUAGCACCUUACUGCUUAACUGGUAUUGAUACGACCUUUGAACAAUGGCAGCAUGUUAUGACAUUUUUCUUUUGCUUGAAGCAGCAGUGAAAAUUAAGACGAGAAAAUCUACAGAUGCUGGAGAUCCAAAGUAACACACGCCAUGCUGGAGGAACUCAGCAGGCUGGACAGCAUCAAUGGAGAAGAGACAGAAACUGUUGACAUUUUGGGCCGAGACCCUUCAUCGGGACUCUGAGAAUUAACACUGGAUUAAACACUAAAUCGGCAUUAACAAGCAAAUCGUAAGAAAGCACAAGGAUGAUUAUUGCAAAACAGUGCUGAGGAAUUAACAUUAAACUAAAGAAAGAACAAAUUUCUAGCAGAGCAGGUCCAUUAUUUGCACUGCUGUGAAUCUUAUUCAUGGGUUCACCAAAAGCAUAGCAAAACCAAGAUAAUAACGGGUAACAUAUGAACAUUAAAAAUGUCGUCACUUAAAAGCAACAUUAGUUAAAUGUUUAAGACUUCUGUAGUAUUAAAGAUAUGAAUAGGCUGAAUCAUUGUUCCUCUUCCUUGAAUAGUUAAUAGAAAAUUAUUUAAUAAUACAGUCACUAAAGACCAUCUGCAAAUUCCUUUUUAAUCUUAUUCCAGAAAUGCUAACACUGCUGUACAUGUUAAUUCUUUGACCAACACUCUUAAGCCGUCUGUAAUAAUAUGUCUAUUGUUCCACAGAAACUCUUUGAUAUUUACUGUAACACUCUCCCCAACAUCAAUUAAAAGUCUAACCUUAUCCACUCAUCCUCAGGUACAUUCUAAACUAACAUUUCGCAUCGUGUUUGUCAUUUCUACCUUAUGUUGUAGCUCCCUAUUUGUAACUGACGUUUGGUCCCAGGCGGUAAUAUAGAAACUGCCAUAAUUGUGUUAAAACAUAAUAAUGACAUUUCUCAAUAAAGGAGCAAGGGCCAGUUUCACAUGUGUUCUGGAUAA